UGAAAUUAGUGGCAGAUGAUUGGCCAGUAUCGCUCCUCCUCCGUUCUGGAGAGUUCUGAGAGCGAAAGUUAUUGAAGAGGCGCGGCCGCUCUCGCAUAUACUGACAGCGGGGUUCGAGACACUGUUACGUCGGCAACCACUCAGAGAGAAGACAACCUGCAGUAGUUAGUACCGCGACUGUAACGUUAAGCCGAUAAAACAACAGGCUGAAUUUAACGGAGGAACGAUGUCCAAGGGACCAGCAGUUGGCAUUGAUUUGGGCACUACCUACUCCUGUGUAGGAGUGUUUCAGCACGGCAAAGUUGAGAUCAUUGCCAAUGACCAGGGAAACAGGACCACACCCAGUUAUGUUGCUUUCACCGACACAGAGAGGCUGAUUGGGGAUGCAGCCAAGAAUCAGGUGGCCUUGAACCCCAACAACACAGUAUUUGAUGCAAAGCGUCUCAUUGGACGUCGGUUUGAUGACAGUGUUGUCCAGUCAGACAUGAAACACUGGCCCUUCACAGUCAUUAAUGAUGCUUCACGCCCCAAAGUAAAGGUGGAGUACAAGGGAGAGGCAAAGACCUUUUACCCAGAGGAGAUUUCCUCCAUGGUGCUGAUUAAAAUGAAGGAGAUUGCAGAGGCAUACCUUGGCAAGACUGUAACAAACGCUGUGGUGACCGUGCCCGCCUACUUUAAUGACUCUCAGCGCCAGGCCACCAAAGACGCAGGGACCAUUUCUGGGCUUAAUGUCCUUCGUAUCAUCAAUGAGCCAACUGCUGCUGCUAUAGCUUAUGGCCUGGACAAAAAGGUUGGGUCUGAAAGAAAUGUCCUGAUCUUUGACCUUGGCGGUGGCACAUUUGAUGUCUCCAUCCUGACCAUUGAAGAUGGCAUCUUUGAGGUGAAGUCCACAGCAGGUGAUACACACUUGGGUGGAGAAGACUUUGAUAACCGCAUGGUCAACCACUUCAUCUCUGAGUUCAAAAGAAAGUACAAGAAGGACAUCAGUGACAACAAGAGGGCAGUGCGCCGUUUGCGCACUGCUUGUGAGAGGGCCAAGCGCACCUUGUCGUCCAGCACCCAGGCCAGCAUUGAAAUUGAUUCUCUAUAUGAGGGCAUCGACUUCUACACCUCAAUCACUAGGGCCCGGUUUGAGGAGCUCAACGCUGACCUGUUCCGAGGAACCUUGGAGCCUGUGGAAAAGGCUCUUCGUGAUGCCAAGAUGGACAAGGCUCAAAUCCACGACAUUGUCUUAGUGGGAGGCUCCACUCGAAUUCCAAAGAUCCAGAAGCUGCUGCAGGACUUUUUCAAUGGGAAGGAACUCAACAAGAGCAUUAAUCCUGAUGAGGCAGUGGCUUAUGGUGCAGCUGUGCAGGCAGCCAUUCUGUCGGGCGACAAGUCUGAGAACGUCCAGGAUCUGCUGCUGCUCGAUGUGACCCCCUUGUCUUUAGGCAUUGAGACUGCUGGAGGAGUCAUGACUGUUCUCAUCAAGAGGAACACUACUAUUCCCACAAAGCAGACCCAGACUUUUACCACCUAUUCAGACAACCAGCCUGGGGUGCUCAUUCAGGUGUUUGAGGGUGAAAGAGCCAUGACGAAAGACAACAACCUUCUGGGGAAAUUUGAGCUGACUGGAAUACCCCCUGCCCCACGGGGGGUUCCUCAGAUCGAGGUGACCUUUGAUAUCGACGCCAAUGGCAUCAUGAACGUGUCUGCUGUUGACAAGAGCACUGGGAAGGAGAACAAGAUUACAAUCACCAACGACAAAGGUCGCUUGAGCAAGGAGGAUAUUGAGCGUAUGGUUCAGGAAGCAGAGAAAUACAAGGCUGAGGAUGAUGUACAGAGAGAGAAGGUUACAGUCAAAAAUGGUCUGGAGUCCUACGCUUUCAAUAUGAAGUCCACCGUAGAGGAUGAAAAGCUGAAAGGAAAGAUCAGCGACGAAGACAAACAGAAGAUUUUGGCCAAGUGUAACGAGGUCAUCAGCUGGUUGGACAGAAAUCAGUCUGCAGAAAAAGAUGAGUUUGAGCAUCAGCAGAAGGAGCUGGAGAAGGUGUGUAACCCCAUCAUGACCAAGCUGUACCAGAGUGCAGGGGGGGUCCCUGGGGGAAUGCCAGGUGGCUUCUCUGGAGCUGGUGGCGCUCCUGGAGGAGGCGGCUCCUCUGGUCCCACCAUUGAGGAGGUUGACUAAACUAGAGGGUCACCAAAGUCUUUAAUCUUGAGGCUUCUGUGAAGGGGAUCACGUUCAUAAUAUCAGUUAUUAAAAUUGUUAUACUCAGAA